CCAGUUUUCUCAGUUUUGCAGACCUUGAAAAUACUCAUCUCCUACCCAUUAUAAUACAAAUAUCUAUGGCCCCAGAAGACAUAACACCAACACUGUCACACUCACACUCACACACAUACACAUAAUUACAUAAAUAACAUAACAAGAAGAUUCAUACAAUAUUCAAAUCUAGGGUGUGAAAAGGGUUCUUUUUAAGAUUUAACAAGGCAGAUAGAGUACUACUGAGACAACAUUUUAGUUAUUAUAUAUAUAUAAAUAUAUAAACAAAUUAAAAUCAUAAAAUGGCGUGGUUAUCAAAAAACAGCUAGUGUUUCUGAACCCUCAAGACUUGUUCUCCAUCUCCCACACUCCUUCUGAGCAAAAAGGUGAGUUGUUGGAGUUCGUUAUUGACACUGUCCACACUUCACAGUGCAUAUGAAUUGGAUAAGUCUUAAUGGUUAUAAGUUAAUGAUCCUUCCUUAUUUGUUCAAAGAGCCAGAACAGUGAAUCUGCGACACUGUGUUUCAGCUUGGCAUCCACAGGGUGUUUGUAAAAUUUGUUUGCUUGCAUGGUUGGAUUUGAUAUCUUUGAUAACUUGGGGAAUGAUGGAUAUUGAAGAAGAGAGCCCCAUGUCUGGGUCCUUAAAAGCCAUGACUCUAAGGAAUAUGUCAUCUUCAUCUUCAGCAUUCUUUUCAGCAAACCAGUCACCCUUCUUCUCUCCAAGAUCACCAUCACUCAUACCUGAUGCUGCUCCAGGUCCAAGUAAUAGGGUGGUUCAUUUGGAUGCUGCUUCCCCUAGCACCAGUUCCAUCAUUCAAGAACCAAAGUUUGAUGUAAAUGUUGGAUGCACCUUCCCAGAUGCAUCUGGUAACUCAGGUGAUUUGCAAAAACUUGAUCGGAUAUCUUCCUCAGUUGGCAAAUCUAGCAGUAGCAUAUCUAGUUCAUGCUAUCACCGGGAUGAUCGAUAUUUUGCAAAGAAAGAGAGAAGAGAUAAGAAAGAUAGAUGUCAUAGAACUUCAUCCAUUCCAGAUUCUACAUCAUGUUCUUCUUAUAGAUUAAGGAAUUGUGAUGUUUUCAUUGGAUUACAUGGCUCAAAACCUCCUUUUGUAAGAUUUGUUAAUUGGCUUCGUGCUGAAUUAGAACUUCAAGGAAUCAGUUGCUUUGUAUCAGACAGGGCUCGAUGUAGGAGCUCUCGCAAACUUGGCAUUGUGGAGAGAGCCAUGAAUGCUGCUUCUUUUGGGAUAGUGAUUAUAACAAACAAGUCUUUCAAGAAUCCUUACACUAUUGAGGAGCUGCAUUUCUUUUCUAGCAAGAAGAAUUUGGUUCCAAUAUACUUUGAUUUGAGUCCAGCCGAUUGUCUUGUCCGGGACAUAAUUGAAAAGAGGGGUGAGCUGUGGGAAAAACAUGGAGGUGAACUUUGGCUUAUGUAUGAAGGAUUGGAACAGGAGUGGCGAGAUGCCGUGCACGGCCUCUCUCGGGUUGAUGAACCGAAACUGGAAGCGCAGGAUGGAAACUGGAGAGAUUGCAUACUCAGAGCUGUCACAUUAAUAGCAAUGAGGUUGGGUAGGAGAAGUGUUGGUGAGAAUUUGACUAAGUGGAGAGAAAAAAUAGAAAAAGAGGAGUUCCCUUUCACCAGAAAUGAGAGUUUUAUUGGGAGAAAGAAAGAGCUUUCAGAACUGGAGUUUAUGCUUUUUGGAGAUGUCUCUGGAGAUGCAGAGAAGGACUACAUUGAACUUAAGGCUAAACCAAGAAGAAAGAAUGUGACAAUUGGUUGGGGCAAGAGUAAUAUGCUAGAUGAAAGGGAAAAGCAUGCAGGAAAUGGCUGCAAGAAACAGAAAGAGCCAGUUGUAUGGAAGGAGUCAGAGAAAGAGAUUGAAAUGCAGCACUACCAUUCAAGGCUCAAGCGUGGAAAGUAUGCUAGAAGGAAAAGGGGAAGGAAUAUGUUGUGUGGGAAAGGUAUUGCAUGUGUUUCAGGGGAUGCAGGAAUUGGUAAAACAGAACUCAUUCUUGAAUUUGCUUACAGAUUUCAUCAGAGAUACAAGAUGAUUUUAUGGAUAGGAGGGGAAGGCAGAUAUAUAAGGCAAAACUACCUUAACCUCAGGUCUUUUUUGGAAGUUGAUGUGGGAAUUGAGAACAGUUUGGAUAAAAAUAGGAUCAAAGGCUUUGAAGAGCAGGAGAUCACAGCGAUUUCUAGAGUUCGAAAAGAGCUGAUGAGGAACAUUCCAUAUCUUGUGAUAAUUGAUAACUUGGAGAGCGAAAAAGAUUGGUGGGAUCACAAACUUGCUGUCAUGGAUCUUCUCCCUCGCUUUGGUGGCGAAACACAUGUGAUCAUAUCGACACGCCUUCCUUGCAUCAUGAACUUGGAACCUUUGAAGCUCUCAUACUUAUCAGGAGUUGAAGCAUUGUCUCUAAUGCUAGGUAUUGGCAAGGACUAUCCAGUUACAGAGGUUGAUGCUCUGAGGACUAUUGAGGAGAAACUUGGAAGAUUAACAUUAGGCCUUGCCAUUGUGAGUGCAAUUUUGUCUGAACUACCAAUAACCCCAACCAGGCUUCUAGAAACCAUAAACAGAAUGCCUCUGAAGGAAAUGUCUUGGAGCGGAAAAGAAGACCGGUGGUGGAGGAAGAACACAUUUCUUGUGCAGCUUUUCGAAGUUUGUUUCUCCAUUUUUGAUCAUGCAGAUGGCCCAAGAAGCUUGGCAACCAGAAUGGUGCUGGCAAGUGGAUGGUUUGCUCCUGGUGCAAUUCCAGUUUCCUUAUUGGCAGUAGCAGCUAACAAGAUACCAGAAAAGUGCCAGGGCAGAUGCUUGUUUAGAAAGUUACUCCAAGCCUUAACUUGUGGAUUCACAUCCUCAUACAUCAAAAAAUCAGAAUUAGAAGCAUCUUCUUUGCUGUUAAGAUUUAGCAUUGCAAGAAGUAGCACUAAGGAAGGUUACAUCCAAUUCAAUGAGCUCAUCAAAGUAUAUGCCAGGAAAAGAGAUGUUCCUGGAGCUGCACAAGCAAUGAUUCAAGCUGUCAUCAUUCAAGGAUCAAUAGCACAAACUCUUGACCAUUUAUGGGCUGCUUGUUUUCUGUUAUUUGGAUUCGGCCGCGAUCCGGUAGUUGUUGAGCUCAAGGUGUCUGAGCUUUUAUAUCUUGUCAAAAGAAUGGUUCUGCCUCUUGCCAUUCACACAUUCAUCACUUAUUCUCGCUGCACGGCGGCUCUUGAGCUUCUCCGGCUCUGCACCAAUGCCUUGGAAGCCGCGGACCAAGCAUUCGUUACCCCGGUGGACAAGUGCCUCCAGAAAUCGCUUUGUUGGAGGUCUGUCCAGACUAAUGCUCAGUUGAAUCCUUCUCUUUGGGAAGAACUGGCUUUGUGUAGAGCCACUGUUCUUGAAACUAGAGCUAAGCUAAUGCUAAGAGGUGCUCAGUUUGAUAUUGGAGAGGAUCUAAUCAAGAAGGCUGUUUUCAUCAGAACUUCAAUUUGUGGUGAGCAUCAUCCAGAUACUAUAUCUGCUCGUGAAACAUUAAGAAAACUCCCCAGGCUUAUUUCUAAUGUCCAAGUUCAUGCUUCAACUACUUAGAUUUUGUACCUUGUAACAAAGGAAUAGGAAAAAUCUACCUCUAUAUUUUAUACACAGACCAUUUCUAAUAAAUCAAAACUUACCAUACUCUUCCAUUCAA